AUGUGCGAAUCAAACAACGUUUCAGAUGAAAGUCAGUUCAGCGGCUUCUUCCUUGAGGAUAGCUGUCUUAUAUCUUUCUGGCCAUCGAGGUAAGACUUGCAUCGUACCGUUUUUUAUGUCGGUAGGUCAGUUUAUCGAUCUUUGAUUUGCACUCUAUCUCCUUUGAUUUCUACCGUAACAAAAUCCCUGCAGCAGCAGCAGCCCUUGUUUGAGGAAUGGCACCUGUCAAGCUGGAUAUACCAGUAAAGGUUUUCGCUGUCUCUGUCGCACAGGAUUUACUGGAGAGAGUUGUUGGUUAGGUACCUAUAAAAAAUUCUCUUUUCGUUGCUUCAAUUAA